AUGGGUGAAGAAUCAACUGGAAGGGAAAGUAGAAGUUUGAGUAAUAACUCAUUUCUUAAAAAACUAAAAUUUGUAACAAAAAAGUCCAAGAGGAAAUCUUCGAAGUCCGAUAAAAUAAAAAGAUCAUCUUUAUCCUUAAGUCGGUCCGGUAAAGGGAAAAAUGAAAUUGCUAAGAGACGAAUAAUGACUGAUACACCAAGACCAGAAUCGAAAACGUAUAUUGAUUCUCAAUUCGAUUUACCAGACAUCGUAUCAAUUAGAAGUGCGAAAAGUCAUAAGAGUAAAAAUAAACAUCAAAACAAAAAAAAUUUAAGUAAUCAUAAUAGUAGAAAUGGUACAACUUUAGCCAUUGAACCAAGGCGAUCGUUACAAAAUUCAGUCGCAGGAAUGAAAAAUGCAAACACGGCACAAGGAAUGUUUAAUAUUCCUGUCCCCAUAGAUAAUCAAGGAACUGAAGGGAACUUAAGUAAAAUCGAGACUCCUUCCAUGGCGAAACAUAUUACAACACAAUCACAGGAGUUCCCCAAUAGAUUACCGACACCAGAAUCGGCCCUUGUACAAGAACCUACUCAAGAGAGUAUAUUUACUUCCAUUUUCAAUAUCGCACAUAAUGUAGUGUCUCAUGUACCGUUAUUGGGAUCUUCAGAGUAUCUUGACGCAAAUGAACACACUCAUCACAAUAAAUAUGAAAAUGCUAAUAGAGACAAUCUUACUAUAAAUCCUCGCAAUAGUAAUAUGACAUCGACAACUGGAAGCAAAAGUGGGAAACAAGAUGAUGAUAUGACAAACGAAACACUAAAUUCUAAUCCAAAUGGUUCCCGCAAUAAAAGUAACCAUAAUAAUGAUACAGUAAUACAUUCUCCACCAGGUAAUGUUAAUAGAAGUACGUCAUUCUUAAAACAUUUAGACAAUUUGCUUUCUCCGUCGUCACUCAAAGAUGAAAAAGUCUUGAUGAAUUUACCCCAAAGUGUACCAACCUUAAAAGACGCUUACUCUAAUAUGUCACGACAUUCACAAACUCCUAUGUCACUCGGAUAUCAUACUAAUAACGGAAGCGCCAGUAAUACUAAUCCCAAAAGAAAUAGUAGGAAAAAGUUUUCAAGAUUUUCUUUGAAUUCAACGAUUGAUAAUAACGAUGAUGAUUUGGAUGAUGAAGAUGAAUAUAUGGGGGAUGACUAUAGUGAAUUAAUUAACGGGGACACUGCAGAUGUAGAAACGCAGGCCGGUAGAGUCAAAUUUCAGGCUUUACAUGUACAACAACCUCCAGCAAUAUCAACUUUUGGUAAGGGAAACCUUACUCUGGAUGCAUUUGCAAGCUCUCCAUCUAUUGAUGAACAUUCGUCCUUUCAUGCCCUAGAAGAAUCCGAUGAUUAUGAUAUUAACAACAAACAUACCAGGGCCCUUAAUGGUAUGGAAAAUAAGAAUAUCGAGAGUAUUAGAAAUAGUAGUUACAUCGAUUUGGCUCAUCAUGCAAAAGAAGUGUUAAAUAAUACUGUUGCCAACAACUCACACUCAACAGCUAAUUUGAGAGCUAGAAGUAAAACAGUUCCAGCGAGUGAACAUGUUUCAGCCAAAGAUAAGGAUGCUGACAACGAGGACGAUAAAAUUACAAAGAGAAAUUCCAGAUACUUAACGCUAACGAAUGAUGAAAUCUCAAAUUUAGACCUAAUCUCUGACGAAAGGAAACCAAGAAGUGGGUCAAGAAACUUUCUAAACAGGAGGUCCUUUUCUCCAUCGCAUUUCGGGAAAGUUAUACCAUCGAUUGCUUUAAGAACUUCUCUAAAUAGAACAAGAAAUAGUACAGAUCUUAGUGGUACACAAAGACCGCGUAUGAGUACCAACAUGUCAGGAAGUUUGACCCAAAUUGACGCUAUAAUGCCAGAAAAGAAAUUCAAAUUACAUGGUAUCGAAUAUGUCUCUGAGAAACGGAACACUGACUUCCAUAACUUAUUUAAAGAUUCUGGAAUUAACCAAACUGAAAGACUUAUUGUGGAUCAUAGUUGUGCAUUAUCACGAGAUAUCCUUUUGCAAGGGAGAAUGUACAUCACCGAUCAACACAUAUGCUUCUAUUCUAAUAUCCUGGGUUGGGUUAGCUCAGUAGUAAUACCGUUCAAAGAAAUCGUACAAAUUGAGAAGAAAACAACAGCAGGUAUUUUCCCCAAUGGUAUCGUGAUUGAUACCUUACAUACUAAAUAUAUCUUUGCAUCGUUCAUAUCAAGAGAUGCAACAUUCGAUUUAAUCACUGACGUAUGGAACCAAAUCAUUCUUGGACGGAGGCAUCUAGCAAAGAGUAGUGAAGUUAUCAAUAGUAACAUGGAGAGCCCAUUCAGUAGUGACGAUGAAAAUAAUAAUGGGCUUUCUGACUCAUCCGGUUUCUAUGACGAAGAUGAAGACGAUACUGAUUUUACAGAUAUGACUUCAAGUAAUGAAUUGGCUGAUGGAACUGCUGCAACUCUUACAACAUCCAAACCAACGAGGAAAAAUACUGCUUCAUCGACAGGCCCUCUAAAACAUGCCCCAACCACCAUUGACUAUACUCCAGCUGAUAACGAAAGACAAAUGACUGAUACAACAUUUGAUGCCCCUCUGGGCAAAGUGGUAAAUAUUCUAUUUGGUCCUGAUACUUCAUAUUUAGAAGGAAUUAUUAAGGCGCAAAAAAACUACGCCAUAUCUCCUAUCCCAAAUUUACUAGAGACGAAACAUCGUGAAUAUUCAUAUACAAAACCAAUUUCAUUUAGUAUUGGUCCAAGCAAAACAGAAUGUCUAAUUACGGAUGAUUUAGACCAUUACGACUUAAAUGACUCCGUUAAAGUGACGUCAUACUCAAAGACUCCUGAUGUUCCAUCAGGCAGCGCUUUCUCGGUUAGAAGUGUAUAUUUACUUACAUGGGCCAAGAAUAACAAGACAAGAUUAAUCGUUUAUCUUUCUGUAGUAUGGAAUAGUAAAAGUUGGCUCAAAGGACCCAUCGAAAAGGGUACAUUUGACGGUGUAGCAGAAACUACCAGAGUUAUGGUAGAUCAAGUAACAAAAUACUUAAAUGAAGAAGAUAAAACUACAAGGCCGAAACCAAGGAAAAGUAACGAAAACCACGAGUUAGCUCUUCAUGAUGCAGAUGAAGAGAAGGAUGAAACUCUUCCAGCAUUGCCAACUAUGGGCCCUGCUACCCAUCCACCUACGGAACCAGCUUUUACAAAGGUAAAGGAUGAAACCAUUAUAGAAGAUUCUGCUAAUAUAAAAGCACCUUUAGGAACUGUAUACCAAUUACUGUUUGGAGAUGAUCCUUCUUACGUCAAACGAAUCUUGGAGAAACAAAAUAACAUUAAUAUUUCAGAAAUUCCAAAAUUCGUUGAUGAUAAAAGAGAAAUUACCUAUACCAAAAAACUUAAUAAUUCAAUGGGUCCUAAGCAAACCAGAUGUGUCGUUACUGAAGAAAUUGAACAUAUGGAUAUCCAAAAUUAUAUUAUGGUAAGACAGAUCGUUAAAUCACUCGAUGUACCAUCAGGUAAUAAUUUCAGUGUACAUACCAAAACAUAUUUAUCAUGGGGUUCAAAUAAUACUACCAACAUGAAAGUAGUAACAAAUGUUGUUUGGACAGGUAGAUCAAUGAUUAAAGGUCCCAUCGAAAAGGGAUCCAUUGAUGGCCAAAAGGGAUCAACAAAAAUCAUUCUUGAAGAAUUGGAUGAUAUAAUUAAUAAUGCAGGUACCAAAAAGAAAUCACAGAAAAGAUCGAAGACAAUCGUGAGCAAUAAAACUCCAAUGAUGAAUACUUCCCAACAAGAACAAAUUUCCGAAGCAAAUGCGAUGAAAGGAGGUAUACUCUCUACAAUAGUAUCGACGGUUACUGAUUUGGUCGAUUUUACCUCAAUAAAAGGUAUUUUCACGGUCAUUAUGGCAUUUAUCUUUUUCAUAUUCCUACUCAAAUCUUUAUUCGGAGGUCGUAGUAAUCAACAUCAAAUUGAACUUAUUAGACCUGGAAGACUGCUCAUUGAUGGUAAUGAAUACAAUUACGUUCCUAACUUCAAAACACUAUAUCAAGUUUACGAAGAUGAUGUUAGGGGCAACAAUGCAAGAUAUUCACAAACUCACAAUAACGUCGUAACAGAUUCUGAAGGUUUGAUUUGGGAUUGGCUAGACGAUCGUGGUAAUGGAUUGCCUAUUCAAGAUAAACCAAUGAUUGAUGAGAAAUAUUCCAAACAUCAAAGAGAAAAUAGACAUAAACUUCAACAACUAAAAGAAUCCAUCGACAUCACCGAGCAAAAGUUGGAAGAAAUGAAGCGCAUGUUAAGAAAAGUAGGAGCGUAA